AUGGCAACAUUCGAAAUCAGAAUCCGAACGAAGCCGUCUUAAAUCUACAUUAAAACUAUAUUUUGCAUUUCAAUCAUGAGUGUUAAAAUGCAGUGCUUGAAACGCAUUGGUGAGAACGUAAAAAAGCACAAGCUGAUAAUUUUAGACGAGAAAGAUGAGAUUACAAUUGGAAGGAGUCCAGAUGUGACAGUCUGCAUCCUGUCAACAUUAAUUUCAAGAUGUCACGCUGUCUUAAAGAAAAAAGAAAGCGGGACAUGGACAAUACUGGACAACAAGAGUUUAAAUGGAGUCUUUGUGAAUGACAAGAAAAUUGAACCAAUGAAACCACAUGAUCUCAAAGACGGAGACAUGAUUCAGCUGGGAGUAAGAACCAGCCCCGAGGUACCCCCAGAGUAUGUAUAUCAGUACCAUACAGCUCUAACAGUGAAGAGAGCUCGUAAAGCUGAAGAUACCACAGAGGGCCCUGUGGAAAAGCGACCACGGACAGGGGAGGUUGAACCACUGCCACAGGCUACAACUAGCAACACUGUAGCAGCCUCCAGUAGGACGUUUGUUCGCAGCAGUGACCAGUCACCGUAUGGGUAUAGUCGAUAUUGCGAGGAGCUGAACAAGAAGGAAAAAGAUGCUGCAGCCAGGCUGGCUGAGAUGGAAGAGAAACUGAAAGAAAUGCAGGAGAAACUUCAGGCGAAGGAGAAUGUUGAACAAGAGAUGGCAGAGCAGCUGGAGAUGGAGAAGCAGUGUCGAGAGAGGCAGCUACAGGCCCUGGAGGACAUGAGACUGAAGGAGGAGCAGCUCAAGAAAGAGCUCCAGAUGAAACAGGCUGAGGUAGCCCUUGAGAAGCAGGCGCUAGAGGAGAGAAUGAGAGAGGAAUAUGAGGACUUGCUGUCUGUAAAGGAAGCCACACUCAUGGAGAAUUUGGAGUCGCAGAGGCAAGCACUAUUGAAGGAGAAAGAAGAGAUUGAGAAGCGCUUGAAAGAAGAGAUGGAAUCGGAGAGAGAAAAGGACAAAAAGCUCACGGAAGAAUUGCAAAAGCAGCAAAGUAAACUUCAGCAGGUUAUCGCCAAGAAGGAAGCCGAACAGAAGCUACUGGAGGUACAACUGAACGACACAAAGCUUGAGAAAGACCAGAAGCAGGAGGAAGCCCUGAGGGCAAGGGAGGAUGUGCUGUCAAAUUUUGCCGAACUUAUGGAGACGGAGCUGCAGUGUAGCAUCUGCAGUGAGCUGUUCAUCAAGGCCAUAUCUCUUAACUGUUCCCACUCGUUCUGCUGGCUGUGUAUACAGCAGUGGAUGAAGGUGAAGAAGGAAUGCCCAAACUGUCGAAUGCCCAUCUCGACCCACAUGCGCUCCAUAGUGCUGGAUAGCUACAUUGAGAAGAUGAUGGAGCAGUACUCGGGGGAGAUGAAGAAACGGCGGCAAGAUUUGGUUCAUAGCAGGAAAGUGGAGGAAGAGGAAUUCGAGGAAGCUAACAAACCCAAGCCCCCAGCUCCCGCUCCCAGGGGGCGUGGCAGAGGAGGAAGGCGUGGUCGUGGGGGGCGGGCCAGAGUAAGGGGUGGGGCAGCUGGACAGCAUAACGCACGACCCGCCCCCAUAAUAGUGUCAGACGAAGAUGAGAAUGAGGAUUACGUCAUGGUGUCUGACCAUGCUGAAGAAGUGGUCAUUGACCAUCGGGUCAAUUGGAGUGAAGAUGAUGAUGAUUUGGGUCUGGACCAGGUGGAUGGGUUGAGUUCUGAUAGCUUAGAUGACACUGACAGUGAUAUUGACAGUGACAUUAGUGGAGACAGCGGGGCGUAUUACGGGGGAUACGGGAGAUGUUUUACAUGUGGUUCAAGAGGUCACUGGUCAAACGGAUGUCCUUUAAGAUAAUAGAGAUAAACGUGAAACAAAGACAGACUGUAUUACCUACAAUGUAUGCAAGUUCCAGUAUGGCAGCAUGCUUGGCCAAUCCUUGAAAGCAAUCCCCAGCUUACUAGUUGCUAAGCCUAUGCCUCAAGUCAAGGGAAAUUCCAGCAUGCAGCUUUGUGAUCAUGUGAUUUUGUGUUGCUGCAAGUCGCAUUUUGUUACGUACACGAGUCAUGUAUAUGCAUUUGAUGUAUUUGCAAAUUUUUGUAUCAACCAUUUCAAGGGAGAAGCAUAAUUGUUUUUGCCAUUAUGUGUUCAAGUUAUUGAAUGUUUAGUACCAAAGAAAUAUGUGGGUUUUUGUUUGUUAAAACUUUUAGUUUCAAGAUAAUGAUGUAUUUUAUAAUUUAGUUUUAAGUAAUUCAUUCUAUGUGUUACGACAAAAAAUUGUAACAACAUAUCAAUAUUCUAAUUAUUUAAUGGGAUUGAUAAAGAGUGACUUUUAUUACACUGUACAGUUUACAUAUAUAUUAUUACAAUGUACGGUAUACAUAAAAUUGUGAUAAUGCAUACUUUGACAUGUCUGACAUUAAACUUUGUUAUUUGUCACUUUAAUGAUUUUUGUUAUGGAAAUAGACGAUUUUUUAAGGAAAAGAUUAUAAUGUAGGUUUUGUAGAAUUGCAAGUUCCAGAAAAUGUCUAUCUUUUUAUUCGAAAUUUUAACUUAUUAAAAAAGAGUAAAUGUAAAAUUCAUUUUUUGUCUCAUUUAAAUAUUGUCAGCAAAAUAAUCUGUAUAUAGGAUUUUGCAUGAGUGGUCGUUUUGUAUUGAAUUUAUUAAACUAGUCAUCAAAAUAAAGAUAAAAACGAGGCUAAGAUUCUAUUUAUAACAUGACCUACAAAUUUUCUUUUUAUUUUAUGCUAUUUUCACCGUUUAUUCAUAUUGUAAAAGAGUUUAACUGAAGAAAUUUGCUGGAAUAAUGACGUCAUUUCGUCAAAACAUGACGUCAUUUCAAAGUUAUAUAACUAGUGUAAUAACACUUGUGUAAUAAACAAAAUUGAGCAUAUAUAGAAUAUUAUGUGAGUUUUGGAUAAAGAUCAAGUUUAUCAUGCGAGGCUUAGAACCAGGGAUAGCGCGAGGCUUGCUGAGCGCUAACAAGGUUCAAACCGAGCAUGAUAAACUUGAUCUUUAUCCAAAAUUCACAUAAUAUUCUAUUUAUCCUAUUAUUUCCUCCCCAUUUCCAUUAAUUAUUAUCAAAUAUCUUAUUUUUUGACGAUUUUAUCUUUCCGUAGUUGACAAAAACAUAUUCACAAUUUUUGGAAAAACCCAAAUCUGAUUUUAAAAAAGCAAUAGUAUAAAGCUAAAGUUUAUACGAUUGUUGUUAUACUAUCGAUUUUCAUCUGGUUAUAGGAUUUAAUGUUAUUUCACUCCUGGAGCGUAGGUCAUGUUAUAACAAGACUAUUGUCAAGCAAUUUAAGUCCCCUUCUGGCUCCACCAUUGUCAGAAAUUCCACCAUUUUCAGAUUAUUAUUUUUUUUAUUUGUUGCCAUAGCAACCAUAAUUUUUGACUUGGAACAAAAUGAAAUGACGUGCGUAAUGUCCAUAUUGCCAUCUAUCCAUGUUUUAAGUUUCAUGAAAAAAUAUUAAGAACUUUAAAAGUUAUCGGAGGAUCCAGAAAACCACCAUUUCAGCAGUAUUUCUAGUCUAUUUGUUGCCAUAGCACCCAGAAUUUUUUUUACGUAGGAACGAAAUGAAAUGACGUGCAUAAUGUCCAUAUUGACAUCUAUCUAUGUUCCAAGUUUCAUGAAAAAAUAUUAAGAACUUUUAAAGUUAUCACAGGAUCCAGAAAAGUGUGACAGACUAACAGACGCACAGAGCAAAAACCAUAAGUCCCCUCCGGUGAAACGGGUAGGGUACUAAUAAGUGUUAUUGAAUGUUGUUAAUAUGGUUGUAAAUUUCUGAACAAAUAAAUGUUUAACUUAUUAGUGUAUGCUUGCAAUUUGAUCAUAAUUACAAUUUGAGUGUGUUAUUGCUUUUCUCCAUCAAUGUAUUACAUAAAAUUAUGAUGAGUAUGCUACAAUAUAGUAACAGGUAUUUAAAUGUUUCAAUAUCGUCAGAAAGCACAACAUGGUAAUGCAAUAAAUAUGCUUAGGAAAUUCCUACACAAAGCUAUGCAUGACUCAAUGUUAUAGCUAGUUACUUGUAAAGCAUUCACAGUAUUCAAAUUAUUAUAAUUACUUUCAACAGAUUAUUUGAUGAGGCCCUUUAUUUAUGUGUUCAUCAAUGUCUGUUAUCUGUCACAAAAAAGGCUAUAUUGUUUAAAUAGUAAUAUCAAUAACAUUUAUGACAUGCAAUGAUGUAUAUAACACCACUAUCAUAAAGUUGCAUCCGUUUUAUUAAUAUAUUCCAAUGUUAAGUAGUGAAUGUUUUAUAAAUUUAUUGAUGCAAUUAAAAAUAACAUUAC